UUUACUCACAAAGUCACAAGCAAAAAAAAAACCCAGUAAGGAAGGAACCUCAGAAAUCUGAAAAUUGAAAAUGUUGAGAAUCUUGGGGAAAUCCGGAAAGGUGCAGCCUAUUGAGGUCGGAUCUGGGUCAGACAUGGAGGAGUACGACGUCGUGGAGGACCUGUCUUCCUGGGAAUUCGUGAACCAAUCCGAUGACGAGGACGACGACCGCUACUCCUUCAACGAGGACGAUCUAGAUAACGACGAAAGCCAUGAUGAAAUUGCGAUGAAACGUGAAGAUCCAUUUCUUCUUGGCUCUCCAUCUUCCGAUAUCUCCAUGGAAUCGGUCUCGCCUCCCCAGAUCUCGAGCCCGCUUAAUGUCCCCUCAGUUGGGCUUAAUCAUGAUUACCGAUACAAUUAUGACUACGAACAUGAUUAUGCCAACAACGAUGAGGAUGAAGAUGAAGAUGAAGACGAAGACGAAGACGGGUACGAUUUGGACGAUGAAUUGGUUCCCAGAUGGGUGAGCGAUAAGCUUGGAAGGCAGCGGAUAAGGAAAAUGGGUAAAAGGGGAAGUCCGGUGAUGAACAAGGCUAAAGGCUUGCCCUAUUACUUCCACAAGCCAGGAUCUGUCCCCUCCAAACUAAGGUGAUUUCAUUUCAUUUGCCAAUAACAUGAACGUGACUGGUUCAUCAAACUUGGGCUGACUUAGGGAUCAUUUACCUUCUUGUAAAGCUGUUUAUGUGGAAUUACUUCUGUAAACAUGUUUCAGUAAAUGCAUUUCGAAUUUCGAUUUCCAGGUCUCUA